GAGCCGGGGGCGGGACCGUGGCGGAGGCUGGAGCGGGGCGGCGGGAUGCAGCGACCCGGGCCCUUCAGCACCCUCUACGGGCGGGUCCUGGCCCCGCUGCCCGGGCGGGCCGGGGGCGCGGCCUCUGGCGGAGGAGGGAGCAGCUGGGGCGUUCCGGGUUCCCACGUGCAGUUGCCGGGACGCGCGCAGUUCGGCGCUGGCAGCACAAGUACAGCUGGCGGGGACGCUAACAGCGUCUGCCCGGCCCCCUCCACGAUGUCCAAGGCCGAGGAGGCCAAGAAGCUGGCCGGCCGCGCGGCCGUGGAGAACCACGUGAGGAAUAACCAAGUGCUGGGAAUUGGGAGUGGUUCUACAAUUGUCCACGCUGUGCAGCGAAUAGCUGAAAGAGUGAAGCAAGAGAAUCUGAACCUCGUCUGUAUUCCCACUUCCUUCCAGGCCCGUCAGCUCAUCCUGCAGUAUGGCUUAACUCUCAGUGACCUGGACCGACACCCAGAGAUUGACCUUGCCAUCGAUGGUGCUGAUGAAGUCGAUGCUGAUCUCAAUCUCAUCAAGGGUGGAGGAGGCUGCCUGACCCAGGAGAAAAUUGUGGCUGGCAAUGCCAGUCGCUUCAUCGUGAUUGCCGAUUUCAGGAAAGAUUCAAAGAACCUCGGGGAUCAGUGGCACAAGGGAAUCCCCAUCGAGGUCAUCCCGAUGGCCUAUGUCCCAGUGAGCCGAGCUGUGACCCAGAAGUUUGGGGGUGUGAUUGAACUUCGAAUGGCUGUCAACAAGGCAGGUCCUGUGGUGACGGAUAAUGGGAAUUUUAUCCUGGACUGGAAGUUUGACCGGGUCCACAAAUGGAGUGAAGUGAACACAACUAUCAAAAUGAUCCCAGUGAAGGCUGAAGAAACUUUGAUUGUCUGGACAUUCCACAGCGUGUCGUAUAAUGCAGGACUGGAUUGAUGGCCUCACGUUCAUUAGAUUCGACGGGCAAGAAAUUGCCAGGACUGUAAAUGACUGGUAAAAAUAUACGUGCUUCAGACAAUACGAUGUAAAUCCUACCAAAAUUCAUGGGCUGCCAAUCAGUGGAUAUGGCAGGGGUCCAGAUGCCUGAGGCAUCUCAGACUGGCACAUGUUAUCCAGGCUAAAGAACAAGAAAUUGAACCUUGUCCUCCUACCACUGAUGGUGAGGCAGAGUGUUUGUGGGCUCGGUGGAAUGUUGACACAAUACAUUCCACACUUGGGUACAAGACACCACCCAUUUGUGGCUCACACAGAAAGCUGCCAGGUCUGAGUUGGCGCAGGGAGGAGAGGUCUGUGCAUCAGGUUCAGGUCAUGAUAUAUAAGUGGCUGUGUCACUUGGGCCAUACGAUCCAGUACAUAUGUUGUUGCAUGAUACAUCUGUGAUAGAUAAGGAUAUUGUGUGUACACUCUAUAAACUGUAAUAGAGCUCACAUCAUAGAUUUCUAGGGUUCUAGGGCAAGACGAUGCCACCCUCAGGAAAUUAAAAACAACAACUAUACAAUGUUAAAAAAUCAGCUCUCAGAAUGUCAGGGAUGCUUGCUAGACAUGGCCUUGGAAGUGAAGUAGCUUCGUGAUUGAGUUUCCCAUUAUAAUCUGGUAAUUUUCUUUUUUCUUUUUUUGCGGUACGCGGGCCUCUCACUGUUGUGGCCUCUCCCGUUGCAGAGCACAGGCUCCGGAUGCGCAGGCUCAGCGGCCAUGGCUCACGGGCCCAGCCGCUCCAUGGCACGUGGGAUCUUCCCGGACCGGGGCACGAACCCGUGUCCCCUGCAUCGGCAGGCGGACUCUCAACCACUGCGCCACCAGGGAAGCCCUCACCACCAUUUUUAAUCCCACCACAUAGAAGCCAAAGAGCAACUGUGUGUGUGUCAACUAGAUUCUCUUCGUGUUUCCAUUCCUGCAGUCUUCCCACACUUUAAAAUUCUUAACUUUUGUGGAAAAAAAUCCCCUCAUAUCAUUCUGUAUUCUUCCAGUGUUCUACAGGGUAAAUUCUAUGCCCUACAGUUUAUUUAUUUUUUAAUCCCUACUUUUGGAAUUUUCAUAUCUCACGUUUUCUUUCUGUGAAAGGUAAUUGAGACAAAUCAGAUAUGUUUAGCAUUAGGAUAUUGUAGGGACUAUGGACUUACAAUUGACUAUUUAGACACUCAUAACCCCAAAGUCUUACUGAUGUUCUCAGCUAACUCCCCCUGAGGACAGCUGUGUAGACUGCUGUCUAGAACAUGGUAAAAAAGUAGGAAGAUAUGUAGUAAAAAGGAGAAUCAGAAAGUGGGGAAAGUGGGGAAAAAUAUUCUUGAAUAUUAUGACAUGUUAUCUUAAAAAAUAUAUCAAAAACUGCUAAACCCAUUAUGUUGCUAUAACUCUGCCUCAGUUGUCCACCUGUUACACUGACUACAUUUAUUUGACACCUACCUGUACCUGAGGGAGGGAGAAGUAGGAUGCGCUUUCACUCACCUCUCCUUCCUCAGGUCUGUUUGCUCAGAGGGCACUUAGACCCUUCCAUUCUCCUGCUGGUUCUGUCAGGCAAGGCUCUGCAGCUGAUGGGGCCUUAACCUGUGAUGUCUGAGGAGUAGAGGAGGCUUUCAUGGUCCAGAGGCCUCAGCUUCAAACUACUCCCCUGAUUCUCUAACAUCUUCCUCUUACACUGACUCAGAGAAUCUGCCUGCCUGCUCCCCAGACAGU